AUGCGUCUACGACCAAUCCUGUCCCCUAUCCAGGGGCUUUUGCUGCUACAUGCCAGCGCUGCGGCGAAGGCGGCGGCUCAGGUAGACCUCUCGCAAUUUGUGAAUCCGUUCAUUGGCUCUGAAGGCCCAGUCGCGGGCUCCGGAUUUGGCGGUGGUGAUAUUUUUGUGGGUGGCGCGCGGCCGUUUGGUGUCGUGAAGGUUGGAAUUGACUCGACGGCUGCCGAUUGGAGCACUGCUGUCCUCAAUGGCGGUUGGACGCCCGAUGGCAAUGUCACCGCCAUCAGUAUGAUGCAUGAGCACGGUACUGGUGGCAAUCCCAAGUAUGGGAUCAUUCCCCAAAUGCCUUUGACCUCGGUUGCUGCGCCGAUCAAUGUGUUGGAUAAUACCACCUAUAGUCAGCCGAGGAUUGGCAAUGACACGGCCAGUGUGGGUUACUACAAGACGCACCUACAGAGUGGAGUGAUUGUGGAACUGUCGGCAUCCCGCCAUGCUGGUAUUAUGGAGUACUCCUUCCCAAAGGGCGAGAAACAUGUCCUCGUGGACGUGUCUCACUAUCUACCUGGAAGCCCUGGCGGUGCGGAUGGCCAAUUCUAUGUCGGUGGAGAGAUUCAAAUCGAAAGCGACGGAAAAGCUUAUAGUGGUUACGGGACGUAUAUUGGCGGUUGGAAUAACGGCGCGCCUUUUACGGUGUUCUUUUAUGGAGAAUUCUCCGAGACCCCUGACCACUCUCAGACCUUCUCAGGCGUGAACACUGACCCCAUGACCCGGUAUCAAAAUCUGGCUGACGGCGGCGUGAGCAUACCGACUUUCGCCUACGGCAACACAACCAGCAAAGUCACCUCCGGCCCCAUGAAUAACCGAGUCGGAGCCCUCUUGAGCUGGGAUAACGGCCCAGCUUCUCAUAUCACCUCGCGCGUGGGCAUCUCGUCUAUGUCGGUCGAAAAGGCCCGCUCAUACAUCCGCAAGGAAAUUCCUUCGUGGAAGCUGAAUGACACAGUCACUGACGCUGUGAAGGAGUGGAAUGAGGAUGUUUUUAACAAGGUCCGGGUCCCCUUGGACAAAUCGGCGAAUAUGACGAACGUGAGGCUGCUUUACAGUUCGCUGUAUUUCAUUCACUUGAUGCCGUCUGAUCGAACCGGUGAGAAUCCGUUGUGGGACUCUGGGGAGCCGUUUUGGGAUGACUUUUAUACCAUGUGUGAGUUGAAAUCCAACACAUCUGAAAGGUAUGGGUUACUGACGGUUUUCAGGGGAUAUCUUCCGUUGCACCGUCAGCUUCUACCAUAUAUUCCAGCCAACCUACUACGAGUAAGUGAGAACGACUCCAACAAAAAACAACUUGUUAACAGUGCGUCAAGAUACCAAGGCUAUCUCCCCGAUGGCCGCAGCGGCAACUGGAACGGCCUAGUCCAAGGCGGCUCCGAUGCGGACAACAUGUUCGCCGACGCCUACGUCAAGGGCAUGCGUGGCUCCAUCAACUGGACCGAUGGGUACCUAGCUAUGAAGAAGAACGCCGAAGUCACACCGUACAACACAUUCGACCCGACCGAUCUGACAGCCAGCACGAAAGAAGGCCGCGGCGCGCUCGACGACUGGAAGCAGCUGGGCUACGUCUCGCAGGAUCACAACACACGCUGCAUCUCGCGCACCGUUGAGUACAGCCUCAAUGAUUUUGCACUCAGCCAGGUUGCCGCGGGCGAGAUGCCUGGGGACCGGACGAAGUAUUUGAAUCGUUCUGCUAAUUGGCAGAACAUCUGGGAUAAGGAUGUCAAGAGCCUGGGUUUCUCGGGGUUCUUGGCACCGAAGCUUUCUGAUGGCUCGUUCAAUGGAUCUGGGUAUGACCCGCUUUACUGCUAUAGCUGUGAAUGGCAGUCUUAUACUUAUGAGGGCAUUCCUUGGGGCACAGAAUACUCAUUCGUCGUUCCUCAUGAUAUGAAGACUCUGAUUCAGUUCAUGGGUGGAGAGAAGACCUUCGAGUCGCGUCUUGACAUGAUGGUAGGUGGACGUCGCAGGAAUGUUGGACAGACGGCUAAUCUCUGUCCAGUUCAAACCAAACACAUCUGUGCAGAACCUUGGAGCGAACGGUGCGGGUAUUACCACAUUGAUGAAUAUCGGGUCAGUCCCUUCGAACUCUCUAGCUGUUCAAGACUGACCAGGCCCAGCAACGAGCCCGACUUCGCGACCCCCUACCUGUACAACUACGUUAACAAGCAGUACAAGAGCGUUCAACAAUCCCGCGGACUGGGGUACCAGUAG